GGACAAAGGCGGCGCGCCGCCUGUGUCAUCCGCCAUCUUGUGCGAAGCAAGGUGGCCUCCACGUUCCCAGAGCGUCUUCUCCGCUUCUGCCUCGACCGCCCCUUGAUUACAGACAUGUCUCGGGAUCGGUUCCGGAGCCGUGGCGGUGGCGGUGGCGGCUUCCACCGGCGCGGAGGAGGCGGCGGCCGCGGCGGCCUCCACGACUUCCGCUCCCCGCCGCCCGGCAUGGGCCUCAAUCAGAACCGCGGACCCAUGGGGCCCGGCCCGGGCCAGGGUGGCCCCAAGCCCCCAAUCCCACCACCGCCUCCGCACCAGCAACAGCAGCAGCCACCACCGCAGCAGCCGCCACCACAGCAGCCGCCGCCACUUCAGCCACCGCCGCAUCAGCCGCCGCAUCAGCAGCCGCCGCCGCCGCCACAGGACUCGUCCAAGCCCGUCGUUCCUCAGGGACCCGGCCCGGCUCCCGGAGUGGGCAGCGCUCCGCCGGCCUCCGGCUCGGCACCGCCCGCCACUCCCCCGACCUCUGGGGCCCCCACGGGCCCAGGCCCCACCCCGACCCCGCCGCCCGCUGUCACCUCGGCGCCCCCCGGGGCGCCCCCGCCCGCGCCGCCGAGCAGCGGUGUCCCCACCACCCCACCUCAGGCCGGGGGCCCCCCGCCUCCACCCACAGGGGGCCCGGGGCCCGGUCCUAAGCAGGGCCCAGGACCCGGAGGCCCGAAAGGCGGCAAAAUGCCAGGCGGGCCGAAGCCCGGCGGCGGCCCGGGCCUAAGUACUCCUGGCGGCCACCCCAAGCCGCCACAUCGAGGCGGCGGGGAGCCCCGAGGAGGCCGGCAGCACCACCCACCCUACCACCAGCAGCACCACCAGGGGCCCCCACCCGGCGGGCCUGGUGGCCGCAGCGAGGAGAAGAUCUCCGACUCGGAGGGGUUUAAAGCCAACUUGUCUCUCUUGAGGAGGCCUGGAGAGAAAACUUACACUCAGCGUUGUCGGUUAUUUGUUGGGAAUCUACCUGCUGAUAUCACAGAGGAUGAAUUCAAAAGACUAUUUGCUAAAUAUGGAGAACCAGGAGAAGUUUUUAUCAACAAAGGCAAAGGAUUUGGAUUUAUUAAACUUGAAUCUAGAGCACUGGCUGAAAUUGCCAAAGCUGAACUUGAUGAUACACCGAUGAGAGGUAGACAGCUUCGGGUUCGCUUUGCCACACAUGCUGCCGCCCUUUCUGUUCGAAACCUUUCACCUUAUGUUUCCAAUGAACUGUUGGAAGAAGCUUUUAGCCAGUUUGGUCCUAUUGAAAGGGCUGUUGUAAUUGUGGAUGAUCGCGGGAGAUCUACAGGGAAAGGCAUUGUUGAGUUUGCUUCCAAACCAGCAGCAAGGAAAGCAUUUGAAAGAUGCAGUGAAGGUGUUUUCUUACUAACAACAACUCCUCGUCCAGUCAUUGUGGAACCACUUGAACAAUUAGAUGAUGAAGAUGGCCUUCCUGAAAAACUUGCACAGAAGAAUCCAAUGUAUCAAAAGGAGAGAGAAACCCCUCCUCGUUUUGCCCAGCAUGGCACAUUUGAGUAUGAAUAUUCUCAGCGAUGGAAGUCCCUGGAUGAAAUGGAGAAACAGCAAAGGGAGCAAGUUGAAAAAAACAUGAAAGAUGCAAAGGACAAAUUGGAAAGUGAAAUGGAAGAUGCUUAUCACGAACAUCAGGCAAAUCUUUUGCGUCAAGAUCUGAUGAGACGCCAGGAAGAAUUAAGACGCAUGGAAGAACUUCAUAAUCAAGAAAUGCAGAAACGUAAAGAAAUGCAGCUAAGGCAAGAAGAAGAACGACGUAGAAGGGAAGAAGAGAUGAUGAUUCGUCAACGUGAAAUGGAAGAACAAAUGAGACGCCAAAGAGAGGAAAGUUAUAGCCGGAUGGGCUACAUGGAUCCAAGAGAAAGAGACAUGAGAAUGGGUGGAGGAGGAGCAAUGAACAUGGGAGAUCCCUAUGGUUCAGGAGGCCAGAAAUUUCCACCUCUAGGUGGUGGUGGUGGCAUAGGUUAUGAAGCUAAUCCUGGAGUUCCACCAGCAACCAUGAGUGGUUCCAUGAUGGGAAGCGACAUGCGUACUGAGCGCUUUGGGCAGGGAGGUGCGGGACCUGUGGGUGGACAGGGUCCUAGAGGAAUGGGGCCUGGAACUCCAGCAGGAUAUGGUAGAGGGAGAGAAGAGUAUGAAGGCCCAAACAAAAAGCCCCGAUUUUAGAUGUGAUAUCUAGGUUUUCAUUCCAGUUUGUUUUUGUCUUUUCUUGUUUAGAUACCAAUCUUUUAAAUUCUUGCAUUUUAGUAAGAAAGCUACCUUUUUAUGGAUGUUAGCAGUUUAUUGACCUAAUAUUUGUAAAUGGUCUGUUUGGGCAGGUAAAAUUAUGUAAUGCAGUGUUUCAAACAGGGGAAUUCUUUUUCCUUUUUAUUUCCUUUUUUUUUUUUUUUUAACUGUAUAAUGUCCCUCAAGUUAUGGCAGUGUACCUUGUGCCACUGAAUUUCCAAAGUGUACCAAUUUUUUUUUUACUGUGCUUCAAAUAAAUAGAAAAAAUAGUUAUAAUAUUGAUCUUCAACUUUGCCAUUCAUGCUUCUAUGCACAUUAGGCUAGGUAUUCCACUUCGAAAGCAUGAGCGUGUCUAGGCCUUUGAAUGGCAUAUGCCAUUUCUGGGAAAUGUAUCUGUAGGCUAAGCAUUGCUUUCUACAAAUAAGUACCCCCCCCCCUUGUUUUAAAAAGAAGAAAUGCAUAUUGAAGUAGUUUCAUGAUUUGUUUGGCAUUAUAGGAAGCAAGCUGGUGCUAAGUAUUUUUAAAUGGUUAUGUAAGCAAGCUGAACUGUAACUCUUCCUUCAGGAAUGUGUAUUAAGAUUAUGGAAUGGGUGAAAGACUUGGUAGGGGGAGAAAGUGGGUAUGACUAAAUGGAUCUUUAUGGCCCUAUGAUCUAUCCUUUCCUUGAAAGUUUCUGAAGAAAAAAGUGGAAAGAUCAUUUUGUUGCAUUCCUCCAUUCUUGUUUUUAAAAGAACAAGUCCCAAGCCCUACAAAUGGCUUGUAUUGAACUUUCAUAUUUGAAUUAAAGAUUGUUAAACAUGAAGCCUUUUCAUGUAUUACUUCAAGCGAUUUAUGAAGAUGGGGUUUAGUGUGAAAAAUUCAACUUGCAAGUAAGAAGCGUAGUAACCAUGAAGUAGGUUUAGCUACGUAUACAUUUGUACUCUGUAACUUUUACAUCUCCUUGUGCUACUUCUGGUGGACAAAAUCUGUAGGGCUAUGAAAACUUGUUCUCUUUUCUAAGAACUAGUGGUGACUGUUAAUGACCAGUAGCGUUGUAGAUCACGAUUCUUACUGUAAACUAUUUGUUAACCUGCUUUUCUAUAGUUUACUUUUGAUGUAGCACUAAAUCUGGAGAGAGUUGCUCAUGCUACACAGUACAAAUACCCCUUUCUCCCACCAUAAAGUUUUGGAGUGUUUCGAUGGUGUUGUCAGCUGAUUGUCAACUUCAUUGAAUCUCCUUCCAUUAGGAUAAGACAUUCUGACUUAACAUUAAAGUAGAUUGUUAUUGUUGUCUGAUAGUACGAUGGGAACCUGUUUUCCCAGCGUAUGUAUGUUAGCAGAGGAACAGCUUCCUAAAAGUAGGUAAAGUAAUUGAAUGGUUUGGCUUUGUUCUUAGUUCCAUUCAAAUUUGUACAUUACAGAACUCUUACUAUGGAAUGUGUCUUCCUCCUUUUCACCUCUGUUCUUGGUGCUAAUUGGCAAAAGUAAAAUUCUAAAUCAAAUCUUCGUUAAAUGCUGAAGUUUAGUAUUGUGCCUGAGUACAAAGGGAAACCUCUUGUUGAAACCCUGAGCACUUUCUGCAUAGGAAACUGGAUAAUACUGAAAGUAAAACACUAGUGGAGUAUAAAGGCAUGUCACUCAAUUCUGGUUGUGUGACUUGACAGGUACAUGGUGUGCUAAUUAAGGAAGAGAAUCUCCUUAGAAUAUGUUUAUUAUUUCUUCCCCAAGACACUUGGAAGUCGGUAGUAGUUUCACCAUAAUUCUAUCCAUGAGGAAGUUUUGUCCCAAGUCAUUAAUUGGUGAUAUGUAUGAGGUUUUCUGUAUGGAAACAAGGGUCUGGAUUUGAAAGGAAUCCAUUACAAUUUGAUUGAAUUGUGUGGUAGGGACUCCACUAAUGAUAAAUUAAGGGGUGUUCAUGGGACACCCACAGAGGGUGAACGUGAAUGUGUGUGGGCGGGGGCUGGUGGGGAAGUGGGAAAAUCUGCCUAUAAAAUUAAUGUUUCAGUUUAUUUUUCAGAUUACAUGCCUUUCUUUAUAAGGGAUGCUGGCACAGACCCCUAAAAUAAGCUUUUGUUAGUACUGUACCUUUGAAGAGUGGUGAAGGAUGCUAAUGGAUAAUCUCCUGAAAGUUGUGGUUUUGCUAGCCUUACUGUGGGCUGUAGAAUUGCUAAACGUUGUUUAGCAAAUAAUGUUGCUUAGUUUCCACUAAGUUUUGCCUUUUCCUCACUGAAACAGCAGUGUACCAAGGGUUGUAAGCUACUCAAAGAGACUUUCAAUAAGUCUUGGAAUGCAUAUGGUAGUUUUUAGCUUAAUGUGAAUUUAAAUCCUCUUAAAAAGGAGUUUCCUAAAAGCUGAUAUGAAAUGGGUGGGAAAGGGAAUGUAGUACUUUUGAAGUAUUUCAGCCAUUUUUCUUAUUUAAAGAAACCAGCUGCCCCCAUUUCCUCUUCUCCACUUUCUCUCGUAAUUUUAAGAGGAACACUGAUCAUUUUAAGCUUAUUACUCCUAAUCUUUAAACUGCAUUCUCUACGAGAUCCCAGUGUAUUCAAUAGGUACCUUAUAAGAUUAACUGAAUGGCUCACAUUAUUUAGUGAAACCAUAAUCCUCUGCUUAGAACACUAAUUAAAACUCCUAAGAAGUCCUAUAAACCCCACCACUCUUUAUAUAGAUGUAUUAUACCACUAAUACAAACAGAUAAUAAUUUGGGAAAUUGUAACGUUACGCCUGUGCAAUUUUUAUAAGUGGCAUAUUAUGGCAGACAAAAAUUUAGAGACUUGGCUUUUCUCGGGCAAGCCACUACGUUGUGGCGGGAUGUUUUCUGGUGUUCUUGGACUGCAAUUGUGCACUAUUAAAGUAGUGGCCUGCUACAUAACUGCAUUUAGCCAGCAUUUCUGCAGUGCGUAACUGUGAGGAACGUAGUACCGCAAAUGGCAAUGGACAUUAGGACCCGGAUGUAGUAUUCCUGCUUGCUCCAAGAUUCUCAUUGCCGACUGCAUACAGGUAAGAAUGAUUGAUGUUGGCUGAUAUUGGAGUACUCAUUCACUUCAAGUGGAUAAGCUAUUAAUCUCAAGACGAUAUCCCACAACAUGAGCCAAGAAGGAAAGCCACAACUUGUUAGAUUCAGGAAGUGUCUGGCAAGUGUAAGCGGGGGAAAGGCAAAGAGAGACAAUAUCUUAAGCAUGUUCCAUGCCCAGUGAGGACUCCCAUCUCAUGACCAUGAAGUCAUGACCUGAACUGAAAUCAAGAGUCAGAUAGAUGCUUAAGCGACUGAGCCACCCAGACACCCCCCGGGUUGGCAAUUUUAAAGAAAACUCAGCUCAACUCUGCUAUUCUACCUGGGAAAGCCAUCGUAGAUAGUAGGUAAACAAAUGGACAUGACUGUGUGCCAGUAUUUUACAGAAAGGUAGUAGGUGGACAAUAGCUUACUGUCUUCUCAUCUAAUACAAAUUGCAUAAAUAGAUAACUAGAUAAUCACUCAGGUUUAAAGGGCUGUCAUAAUCGUAGUUUGAAAAGAGAAUAAUGUAGAAAUAGCAAUAAUUAAUUGACUAUAUCUUAAACCUAGGGAAGGUGCCAAUUAAUGGAGUAUCUUAGAUCUUCCUUCCAAGAGUGGUUGCUACUUAAGUUCUAGUGAAUGGAAGUAAACUUGAAUCAACUAGCUGGUGACAAAGUCUGGUGUUAAAAUAAUCUGCCUCUUAAAGAAUCCUUAAUUAUAUAGGUCAUUAAAUAUUGUUAAUACCGCACUCCUUGAUUAGUAUUGUUUGGUGUUAGGAAGUUUACUUGGUGCGAAAUGGUAAAUGUUUGAGAACUCUGAUUCUUAACAUAUUUUGGAGUAAUUGUUUCUUUUAAUUGGCAGGAUCAGGUGAACUGUGUCCAGAAAACCAGUGAGGAAGAGGGCAAAGAGGAAUGAGCAACCUAAUUGUUGUUAAUAAAGACAUUUUAAAAU